UAUUAAUUGAUUGAUCUAUACAUUCUACUAAGUAAGAAUCAAUACUAUUUUAAUAAAUUUCUAAGAUAUUAAAAAAAUUAAAUACCUAUCCAUUAUUUAAGAAGAAUUUACAACUAUUAAGCAAUGAGUUUAUUUCCUUCAAACAUUUUGAAAGCUGCUAAGAAAUCUAAAGUGAUGGUAGAGCUGAAGAGCGGUGAUACUUAUAUUGGAGUUUUAGAGGAUGUAGAUAGAUUUAUGAAUAUACAAUUAACUGAAGUGACAUUUACUUCUAAAGAUAGUCAGAAAUUUAUGAAUAUUGAUCAAAUAUAUAUUAAAGGUGCUUCUCUUAAAUAUUUUUAAAUGGAUGAGGCCGUCAUUGACAAGGCUAUUGAAGAAUAAGAAAUAUUAAAUGAAUAAAAAGAAGAGGCUAAGAAUAAAAUGAAGCAAAAGAAGGAGGGAGCUGCAACACAAGAAAAGGAUGGAAAGCAAAAUAAAAAGUUCGAAAAAAGUAGAGGAGGUUAUAAGGGAAAGUCUAAGCCAAGAGGUUCAUGAACUUAAAUUAAAUUAAAAAUAAAUAAAUAAAUUUAGAAGAAAUUAUUUUAAUAAAUUAAAAAUAUUAAUUAUUAGAAAUUAACAAAAUGUUUAAAUAUAUAGACAAUUUUUUAAAUUGAUUUAUGCAACAAAUAAUCACAUUAAAUUAAAUUAUUAAACAAUUUCUC